AUGGCAGAACCGACACUUGGCUGUCAAAUAGCACCCAGCUACAACCAAGAGGCGUGGCCAUGCAACACCGAAUCGUCCGAAAGCGACUCAGAUACUGAAGAUGAUUCCAUAUCAAACGUUGAGCCGGGCGGAAGUCAAGAUGCAGCCGAGAUGGAAAAGGCAGAGACUCAUGCCGAUACCGAACCCAAUGCAAUCGGCAAGACUUCAGUCACUCCACAUAGGACGCGGACCAGGAAUAGUCGAAAUCAAGCUCAGCCAGAUCCUGUCGGCUUUUGGCAUUGGUCCAUGGCUGGUGUCAGAUUACACGUGCUCAAGUUGUGGUGUCGCACUAAUCUCAUCCUUGCUGUCGCUAUCAUGGUAUUCCUCUGUCUCUUCUGGGGUGCACUGUUCCGUCAGGACGAAAGGGUCAAGGUCCUCACCAUUUGGGUUGUCGACUUCGAUGGCCAAGCUCCUUAUGAUACCACCGCUCCAUUUGUUGGACCGUUCGUUACGAACAUGAUCCAAGAAAUUGUCGAAGAGGGCAACAUGGUCCCCGGAUACACCCUUGUCUCACCGCAGCAGUUCGACAACGAUCCUCUAAAGGUGCGUGAGAGCGUCUACGGCUUCGAUGCCUGGGCUUCUGUCGUCAUAAAUUCAAACGCCACAAGUCUGCUUGAAGUAGCGGUCCGCGAAGGAAACGCGAGCUAUGAUCCUCUGGGCGCCUGCCAGAUCACGUUCAACUCGGCGCGCGAUCAAACUACCACCUCUUCCUACAUUGUUCCCAGCUUGACUGCGCUCCAGAAGCGCGUUAUCCAUGACUUUGGCCGAGCAUGGAUCACCCAUCUCCUCCAGAAUAACAUCUCUGUCACCGACAUGAACUUGGGGCUUGCGCCACAAGCCAUUUCGCCAGGGAUCCAGUUCACGGUUUACGACUUGCGCCCCUUUGGACCCCCCAUUGCGACACCGGCAGUGAGCAUUGGCUUAAUCUACCUCAUCAUCAUCAGCUUCUUUAGCUUCACUUUCUUCUUGCCGAUACAUAUGAAGUUUCUCUCGCCAAAAGGGCAUCCGCCACUACACUUUUACCAGCUCAUCGUCUGGCGCUAUGCCGCCACCGUCGCAUCGUACUUUUUACUUUCGCUCAUCUACUCUUUCGUCUCCCUCGCCUUCCUCAUGCCCAUGAAUAAUCAGCCUGCAUCGCACGUCUGGCCGGCAGCAAAUCCCAACGCCUACGGCAAGGGGACCUUCGCAGUGUACUGGAUGGGUAAUUGGAUUGGUAUGAUAGCCUUCGGUCUCGCCAGUGAGAACAUGGCUAUGCUAUUGGGAACGCCGUGGACUGCCCUCUGGCUCAUUUUCUGGGUCAUUAGCAAUGUCGCGACGGGGUUCUACGCACUCCCGCUCGCCCCUGGCUUCUAUCGGUGGGGCUACGCGUUCCCCAUGCACAACAUUGUCGAGCUUACUCGCUCAACCCUCUUCGACCUUCAUCCGCGUGCCGGUCUAAAUUUUGGCAUCCUCUUCGCCUGGGUUGCUGUGGAUAGCAUGCUGUUUCCGCUGUGCUGUUACUAUAUGCGGUGGAACACGGCCAGAGUGAAGAGGAACGCGGCCAAGGCUGAGGCCGAAUGGCAUGCAAAGAUGGAAAAGCAAAGAGAGGACCCAAGUCUACUCGCUCGCGUAACGACUCGUGGGUCCAGAAAGAAUGAGGAUUCGCAAAGGCAGUGUGCUUGA